AUGAAGAUUGGGGAAAAAGAGAUAAAGCAAGAAGAUGUAAGAAAUGACAAAAAAGAAAACGAGUAUCAACAAAAUGAGAUAAAGAUUAGGAAAACAGACAUGAAGCAAAAAGAAAGAAGUGAAAAUCCAAGAAAUAAGAAGAAAGAAAACAAGGAAGAAAAUGAGAUGAAUGGAGAAAAAGAAAAUGAGGAAAAUAAGAAAAAAGAAAGUGAUGAAGUAGAAAAUGAGAAUAGAAAUAAUGACAAAGAUGAUGAAAUGAUUGAUGAAAAUAUUGAUAAUGAAGAAAGACAAUCUUCUAGUAUGAUGACAUCCAAUUCUCCACCACCACCACCUUCUCAUGAAGAAUCUUCACCUUCAUCAACAACAUCUUCGUCAUCAGAAGAUGUGGUUGUUGUAAAGUCUCCACAGCAGCCACGUGUAUCUGCUUUCAAAUAG